AUGGAAGUUAGUCACCAGCCGCAACAAUUAACGAGGAGAGUGUCAACAUCGUCGAUGGAUGAUGGACGGCGGGGCCCUCGAUCCUAUUGGCUGCACAGUCGCGAUAGGAGCGAUGAAGAUUCGAGGCCUGCGCUGGAUCUCGAGGAGACUUUAUCGCGCUCGAGCCACCGAUUCGAGCCUGAAAUCAUCGAGAGCGCUGACCAAGCUACAGCCAAGUACGACAAGUUCGAGAACGAAUGGGAAAGGUUGAAAUCAAGAAAAUCCAAACAACAGAGGCUGCUGCAGCCAAAGAAACAUACCGAGGAUUGCGUCUCUAUUCCAACGAUCGUUGUCCAAUCGGAAAAGUCAUCGAUGAGCGUAGACAGCGUUUCAGAUCGUGCCAACGACGAUGACGAUGAGGACUCUGUAAAAAUGCACGACAAACGUGCGGACAAUGACGAGCUCGAGAGCAAGCACGAAAACAACGAAUUUAACCGCAUGGAAAUAAUCAUGACGCCUCGUUCGAAUUUCGACAUGUCCGAGGUAAUGCCCUCGCACUUGCUGCAAAAUUCGCGUCAACAGCACAUGGUUGGAGACGCGAGUCCAAUUCUCGAGGUUGAAACAAAAAUCAGUUCGGAGAGCAUCAAAAGCAACUGUAAAAGGCCCAAAAGAUUGCAGCCGAAGCCGAGAAAAAAAGGCUGGAUCGGGGCGGAGCGUGGCUCGGUUUACAACGAACCAAUCAAAAUACCCGAUUUCAACAACCUCAAUAAAAACAAAAAGAAGAAGUUUCAAGGACGGCUGAAAAAUUCGUACUCCAAGAGCACCGUCACGACCAAGGACAGCGGCAACGUCUUUACUCCGAAACGAGCGCGUAAGCCGAAGCGCUCGUCAAGUACGUCCAUCGCUAAUGUCGCUGGCCCAGCUCCAGUUGACUAUAAUUGCACAGCUUUGACAACAACGUCCACAGGUGCUGCUCCCGACAGAAGCGCAAGUGCAUUUCCAGCGGCGCAGGUAAAAAGACGCCAUCCGAAUAAUUUGAAAGCUCGAGAGUCGAAGCAACUGCGGGCCAAAGAGACCUUCGAGAAACAGCAGAAACACAUGGCGGAGAUCAGGCAAGCGGCUGGACUAGCGACGAAGGCAAAGAAAGGACAGAGGACGCAGGCCAGAAGAUCGAACUCCAACUCGGAGUACGAGACGGCUGGACCGACUCAGUUCGGCCGCGCUGGCAAGGACUUUACGCCCUUGAUAGAGCAGAUUCUCGAGCAUAACUACGCAGGCAGCGACGCGAGGGAUCAGGAUGAGCAGGCGAUAUCACCUCGCGACUUUGGUAUUCAGGACGAGGGAGGAGCAGCCGACGACGACGACAACGAUGAAAAAGAAAAGCAGCAGCAGCAGCAAGAGCAGCCAGCCCAACAGGCCAAUGCCUGCACGCAGGACUACAACGACCCUUUUGAAACUCGCAAUUAUCAAUUGCCGACCAAGUCUUCGAGGUUGAAGCAGGUCGAGCGCUCCUUUCAGCACGAACUGCAAGUCCGGGGCAUACCGUUUGUCGUCGGUACUUCGCUUUCACGAAGCCACAACAUUGGUCUCAAUGUCCAGCAGGUUCUAGGUCUGAUAAAAACGAAACAGCCAGCUGUACCUGGCAUAAGCUCGCUCCUCAUUCGGAAGGUCAGUCGAGGCAUGCAGCCGGUAUCGUCGUUGCUCGAGCACCUCAAAAGCAGCGCAUCCUACUGCGAUGGAUCCGCCUACUACGGCCAGAGUCGGCCCGAGCCAGUGGCCUUCCGAAGCAGCAGUUGCAGCACUUCUUGGCCAACGGGAACCAGCAGUUUCGUUGGCUUGGAGCCGAGCGAGCCCGAUCGUGCUCGUCGUGCGCGAAAUUCCAUGAGCUUCGGCGAGCCACUUUACGAAGAGGACGAGGACGGUAAAUCAAUCGCAUCGAGCGCGCCACACCAAGUCAAAGAAAAACAACUGAGGCUCGGAGGAGGUGGCACACUCUUUGCCAAUCCCAAGCCUUCCGUUGUGAGAGGACUCGAGACUCUGCCUGAGCCUGGCUUCGGGCUCGCUUUCAACGCCAGCAAACGCAGCGACGUCGACGUUAUGCAAGUCUUGAUGAGACUUUAUCGUGAAUACGAACAGAUGAUUAGUCAACAAGAAAAAUUCAAAGAACAACUCGAAGUGCGCAACAAAGACAAGAGCGCGACAAAACAACUGAGCGAUAUGGAAACUGCCUUGGUGGCCAAGGACCAGGAGAUAGGCGCUUUCUGUGCUCUCUACCAAGAGAUCGCUUCGUUGAAAAAGCAACUCCAACAGCGCAACAGUUUCGUCUGCAUAACGUCGAGUCGGUCCAAGUCAAAGCAAGCUAGCUCUGCUCAGUUGGAUACCUUUAGUAAUCAAUUUUACAAUUGUCAGAACUUUGGUCUUCAGCAGCGAGACCAGACGACCUACGUCAGGCUCACACGUUUCUUGCGCGAGAUCCAAAAUUUCCAAAGAACUUUGGCUAUGGCUUAA